UCCACCCCAAAAUCUUUCUUGCCCUUCCAUUUUCGAUAAUGGGAAACGAGAAGAAGAAGAAGAAGGAAGAACCCAAAGUUGUUGUUGUCGAAUUCAGAGUUUCAAUGCAUUGCAACGCGUGUGAAAGAACGGUUGCAAGAACCAUUUCAAAGAUCAAAGGGGUAGAGAAAUUCUCGACAGAUAUGAACCAGCACAAGGUGGUCGUGACGGGACGGAUCGAUCCAAAGAAGGUUUUGAAGAAGUUGAAGAAGAAGACGGGGAAGAAAGUCGAAAUUCUGGAGAACAAAGAGGACCAAGCGAACAAAGACGGAGCGGACGACGGGGAAGGCGAAGGAGGAUCGAAAGCGUUGGUGGCCGAAGAACAGAAUGCGGUUAUUCAUCCUUCGAUGUUGGGUUAUUGUUGCGUAGAAAAUGAAGUCUUGAUGAUGUUUAGCGACGAGAAUCCGAAUGCAUGUUCCGUGAUGUAGAGAGAGAGAGAAAUGAAGUUUUGUACUAUAUUUAGCGACAAGAGACGAUGUUUAGCGACAAGGAUCUGAAUUAAAUCUUUUCAAUCUCUUAGUUUGG